AUGGAAACGAGGGCGGUCCAGCAGACGACGUACAGCCUGCCAUCGGCCCAUAGCUACCUGCGCAUUACCAUAUCUGUAAAUGUGAGCCGCCAACAGCAGCAGGGGAAAGGGGAGCAAAAGGGGCAGCAGAAAGGCGUGCAGGGAGGCGAGCAGCAAGGCGAGCAGAGGGGCGAGCAGAGGGGCGAGCAGAGGGGAGUGCAGAGGGAGGUGUUGGAGCGGCUGCUGGGAGACUCGCUGGUGGCUCUGUUUGGGUCGGUUGGGGCAGGCAGCAUCCAGGCGUCUCUGCUGCUGCUCUCCUGCGCCCCCUGUGGACCCCACUCCGUCGCUGUGCUGCGCUGCGAUAAACGGCACGAGCAGCAGGUGUGGGCGGCAGCAACAGCCAUGAGGCAUGCCACGCUGAACCCCUCAGUGCAAGUGGUGGCGCUCGCUUCCUCCCUGCUCGCCCUCUCCAACCCCACGCUCCACCUCCCCAUGCCAUGA